AUGGCAUCAACUCUAAUGGGAAAAUUCCGCGACGGACCUUUCAUUGGCUUGCGAUAUGAGUCGCCUUCGAGAACAGGGACAACAGACUCUGACGGCAGGUUCACGUACGGAAGCGAUGAGGAAAUCGCGUUCUUUGUAGCAGAGCUCCGACUCGGUUCAGCCAAAGGUGCUGCUUGUCUAACACUCGCCAACCUUACCGGUGCGCCUGACUCGGCCAUAUCGCUGCCAGCUACGAUCAACCUCGCUCGUUUCCUCCUCAGCUUCACACAACAAUCAGAUUUCCAUGAUGGUGUGACGAUCACUGAAGAGAUCAGCAACGUGAUCCGGGACUUCGGAAGCGGCCUAUCAUUUGACGUCGACACUGCAACCUUCGAGCAGGCCAUAUCCACCUGUGGAAUCUUCACUAGGCUCCGCCUUCGAUUCCGUAGCAUUGCUGAAGUGCGCAACCAUCUUCGGCGUUCAGUUAAAGGCAUCAAACUUCUUCGAGAUGUGCGGAUACCAACCCGCGAUGGCAGUUGGCUCGGCGCCGACAUAUUCCUGCCUCUCAACAGCGAAGUCUCGCCGGUGCUAAUUAACAUGAGCGUUUAUGGCCGAGCAUUUCGCAUUGGUGUGAUACGUAACGAGUCUGAUCUGCUCGAAAGUGAGGAACGUGAAAACGCUUGGCACGAGACUGAUCGAGAAGAAAUUCCACUUUUCUUCAAGUGGUCCGAGACCGCGUUCCGACCUAACUCUGUCGACUGGGUGCCUCGAGGCUACGUCAUGAUUCGUGUCGACCAUAGAGGUAUCGGCAACACGCCAGGUGAACUGAAUCCAUUCUCCAUGCAGGAGGCUCUCGACUAUUACGAUGCAAUCGAAUGGGCAGCAAGACAGUCAUGGAGUAACGGAAAAGUUGCCACCUUUGGAGCUUCAUACCAUGCUACCAACCAGUUUAACGUCGCCGCGCUACAGCCACCAUCUCUUAAGGCAAUAGCACCUCUCGCAUGCGAUGCAGAUGCAUAUCGAGAUCUAUCCUACCCAGGUGGCAUAUAUCUUGAAAAGUAUCGCAAAUAUUGGUGGGAGGUUCUGGUCGGCAAGCAGAGAAACCCUCAGUCAAGUGCGGCGAAGUUCCUCGAGGGGUUCGCUGAUCAUCCCUGGGAUGACGAAUAUUACCAUGGAAACGGGUUCUUAUCAGCUGAUUUCGCUAAGAUUACCAUACCUAUGCUCACUUCGGUCAGCCAGAGCGAAGUGAUCCACGGUCGAGCUGGGUAUGAAGCUUUUCAAGAAGUCCAAUCAUCUACCAAACACUUGCUUGUCUGGGAUGCCUUCUACAUGCCAUCGAUGAUUGAAGACAGUCAUGCUGACUUGUGUAAUUUCUUCGACCGACAUCUCAAGGACAUGGCUACCGCUACAGAACUGCCGCCCGUCCGUAUGAUGAUGAGAUUGGGUGGAGGAAAGUUCAAAUGGCGUGAUGCGAGCAAUUGGCCGAUACCUUCGACCGAGUACCGGAAGAUAUUUCUCGAUGCCGGGGCGGGAGGUGCGUCAGGCAGCCUGGCUAGUGUGAAACCUCAGCAAGAGCUCUUUUCUGAGUACUCUGCAGAAGCAGACCCUGUUGACCACGAGAACACGCCCAUGGCGGUAUUCGAGUCGGAACCUUUAGAGGCAGACAUGGAGUUUGCUGGCCAUUUUCGAGCUAGCCUAUGGGUGGCGUCUACUUCGUCCGAUGCUGAUUUCUACGUCGCCCUUCGUGUCUUGGACGGAACAGAGGACGUUUCGUACAGGACUAUAGCACCAGCCACAUUCCAAGGUGAGGACCGGGGCAACAGAAGUUCGCCGCCACUAACUUCAGGCGUGCUAAAAGCAUCAAGAAGAGCACUAGAUGCUAGUCGGAGUACCACCGCACGCCCUUGGCACACGCACCUUGAAGCGGAUGCGAAGCCUAUGGUCCCCAAUGAAGCAGUCAGUAUCGAAGUGGAACUGUUGGCUGUCUGCGGUAUAGUUGCGGCUGGGCGACGACUGAGGCUCGAGAUCUCUCCCAUUGAAGGUCCUGGAACGAUGCCUGGAUUCGAACGUGCUUAUAACGCAUCAUACCAUCGUGAGGCUACGAAUCGCGUACUGACGGGCGGCGCACACGCGAGCACUAUUACUAUCCCUGUUGUUUCUAAUUAG